AUGACGAACUCAUUAGAGGAACGCUUGAAAACACAUUCUACGGCGUUUGACGGGUUACUAUCCUUGAUACCCGCCAAGUACUACUACGAUGAUGCCACUCAGGAUCAGUGGCAGCAGAAGAAGAAGAGCAAGAAAGACGCUGCGCAAGAUAAAAGGGCUAAAUUGGACCCUGAUAAUGCUGCUCUGGCAGAUACGUAUAACAACGGCGGCGCUACGGCCAGAGAUGUUAUGGAGAUGAAGGCGAAGAACGCUAAGAAAGUCAACCUUCCGAGUGAGCCUUCCCCUGCUGAAAAAAGUAAUGAAGAGCUUCUUUUGAAUGGCGGUGAUCUCAUAUUUGAUGAUGAAGGUGAUGAAAGGGAAGUCAAGGAGGAGGAGGAGAAGAAGAAGUCACAGAAACUACAACAAAAGCUGAAGCCCAAGAAGGAGCUAACCGAGGAAGAGAAACUAGAGAGGGAAAAGCGCAGGCUUGAACUCAAGGAAAGGCUUGCCAGCAAAAUACAAAUGAUGAGGGAAAAGAGGAAAGCUCCAGGCACGAAAAACACCCCCGUCAAAAGUAGGGAACAGAUUCUAGCAGAAAGAAAGAAGAAGCAGGAGUUGAAGAGGCAAGAGAAGCUUAAGAGAAAGAGAGAGGAAGAAGAAGCCGAGGAAGCUGGCGAAAGUGAAGACGACAAGUCUGAAGGAGAAGACAGGUCUGAUGAUGAGAAUGAAGAUGUCCUUUUCGGCAAUAUUGAAUUCCAGGAUGGAACGCGAGUAACUUCCGAUCUUGCGAAGCUCAGAAACGGUGUGGCUCAAAAGAAGAAAAAGGGUCCAGCCAACAAUGACAUCAAGGCCCACUUGGUGAAACUCGAGAACAAGAAGCGCAAAUUGUCCCAGUUGUCUCCUGAGGAGCAGGCAUCGUCUAAAGAGGCAGACCAGUGGAAGAGCCUUUUGUCGCAGGCUGAGGGCAUUAAGGUCAAAGAUGACGAGAAGCUUUUGAAGAAAGCUUUGAAGAGGAAGGAGAAACAAAAGCUCAGGUCCGAGACGGAGUGGAAGGAUAGAAAGCAGGUAGUGAAAGACACCAUUGCAGCCAGAGCCAAGAGAAGAGAGGCCAACUUGAAAGCACGUAAAGAGAACAAGGGCAAGAAGGGAAAGAACCAGCCUAGAUUGAAGAAGUUUUCUGGCGUGGUGAGGAAGGGAGGCAAGGCCAAAGACGGCAAGAAGCGGCCCGGAUUUGAAGGAAGUGCUAAAUCCAGAGGUAAAAAGUGA